AUGCUCGAGACCUCCCAGCGGCGCACCGGCGCCGCCGCCUCCCCGUGGUGCUUUGACGGCUCAGCCGCCGGCCCGUCCUGCAACACGUGCUCGCGCUACGCGCAGGGCGCCUGGGUGCAGACUGAGAAGCCGCCGCUCUACCGGCUGACCUCCUCGCUUCUCGCGGUGCGAGCGGGGGUCUCCAUCUCGAACAGGUCCACACACCACUACGGCAAUUGCGCCGACCAGCACGAGCGCCGCCACGGCGGGCGCAGCUCCAUCCCCGAGCGCGAGUGGCGGCCAACCGGCUGCAGGCUUGAGCAGUUUGAGCGCGAGCGCGCGUGCGCCACGCUCCGCUCCGUGGGCCGCAGCCUCCUCAUCGUCGGCGACUCGACCACCGGCCAGCUCUUCCUCUCAAUCAGCAUGAUGCUCGGCGCCACGCUCGGCCGCAACCGCGACAAGAAGAGCGUGCUCAACGACGUAACCGCAUCCGCGUGCAACGACACGGUGCGGAUCAGUUUCGUGCGGCGCGACCUACUCCUCUUUGCGAUGCACCAGCACGAGAUCGGGCAGGUGCGCCGGUGCAACCCGCGCUUCAGGGAGCUCAUCGGCACCAGCCUCUAUCCGCGCCGCGCAAGCAUUGCGGACGCCGUCGUGCUCUCGACAGGGCACCACCACCCGGCGGCACACGCCCUCACGCCACGACGCGACCCACCGGCGGCGGCGGUCGCUGCGCGCCGCGGUGCUCGUGCACCUCCUCCGCCAGGAAGGGCGUGA